GGUGCUGUUGUACUUGGAAAUUUAGUUAAGCGCAUGAUCUAGAAAUAGAGUUGUCAUGAAAUACUAGCAGCUUUAUACUUUUCAUGGAUUAGUAUGAUUUUUUUUACAUUUUACUGGGUAUUGUUUUUUUAUAUUUCAUGUUAUUUCCUAAGAAAUUCAGAAAUACAAGUUUCUUUAAACAAACAUUUUACCUUUAUCUAAGCAACUUUCAAAGCUGUGAUAAUAUGAAAUAUGAUUCUGAUACGCUUAAACACGAUGAA